AUGAGACGUUAUCUGCCCGUCUACUUUGAGCCGGUGAUCGACAACUCGUACUUGGCCGACUUCUACCAAGAGCCCAAGAAGUACAGCUUCCCUCUGCAGAUCUACUUGCUCAACAACCGCUUCCGCCAGCAACAGCAGAUCAUCUGGUCGGGGAAGGGCGGCAUCCAAGACCGAACGAUAUACGAGGACGGCGUGUUCGCCAAGAUGCUUCGCGACAGCGAGCUCAUGGAGGAGCGCGACUACCGCACCUACCUCGACCUGUUUGCCAACAUGUCCAACUUCAUGAAAAAGCCCAACGUGAUCAUCCACCUGGACGUCACUCCUGAGGAGAGCAUCGAGCGGAUCAAGCGACGUGCCCGAGAGUGCGAGAAAACGAUCCCUCUCGAAUACCUGCAAAACCUGUACAACGCCUACGAGAUCUUCAUCGCUGAUAUCAGCCGAGUGAUUCCCGUCAUCAAGGUCAACUGGAGCGAGUUCCGUGAUGCAGAGGAAAUCGCGGAAGUCAUCAAGCGGGAGUAUCUCUCGAUGCAGAACAUCCGCGAGAUGCACUGGAAGGAGGGGUACAAGGGCGUCGUGCGCAAGGACACUAAGGCUGAGCCGCAGGAAGACGCCAAGCAGUAG